GAUUGACUGUGGCUGCGCUUCCUUUCCCCUUCGAUCCUCCUUGGUUUCCACCACGUCAAAGGCAAAGUCGCAAUGGACGGACCCUCAGGUACCAGCGGCGGGCAUCAACCGGCGCCGCAGAGUCAAGCAUCUCAUGCUGCUGCUGCUGCUCAGCAGUCGAUGACUGACUCAGGCGCCGGCAUGGCACCCUUCGCUCCUCAAGGACCGCAAGCUGGCCCUUCCUCUUUGCCUGCGCCCAGCGCAAUGGGGCCGCCAUCAUACCCCGCAACAUCAGAAUCAGCAACACCAGCGUUCGAACCCUCUUCCUCAUCACUCGGUCAGAUGGGUCCACCAUCCACAGACCCCGCAGGCGGAGGUGGCCCGCGCUCCUCGGGCAGAGCCAUCCGCCCAUCGCUCCGAGCAUCAGGCAUCGCAGUCCCUUCCCCCCUCACCGGCGAGCCUGCAGCACCUUCACCCGCCCGUCCCAAGUCCUCAGGGGCAAUCUCUCCUCCAGCUGGAGGUGCGCCCAACCGGCUACGACGCUCUCAUCGACCCCGAGCCUCACACAAUCGCACCGCCUCUCGAUCGGCUCCCCGUCUCAAGCUCUCCCUCAAAUCCCACCAAGCUGGUCGUGCAGGCGCCACCUCUGGCAGCGGAGCUUCGAGGCACAACAAGACUCACGCGUAUAUGCAGGGCUUCGAAGAUCGCGAGAUGGACAGCUCAGACGACGAGACGGGCGAGGGGAUGGCGUUCGAGGAGCAGUUGAUCCUUCGAUUACCCGAUGGGGACGUCGCCAAGAGGCUCAAGGACAAAGUGCAGAAGAGACAGGUCGGCGUGCCCUUGGAAGGCGCUGCUGAGGGUAGUAGCGGCGGAGGAGAGCAAGUAACUCUCAAAUUCAAAGACUCGCGCAGGGCGAUGUUCAAGGUGGGCAAGGAUAUGUUUUCCGCCAAGCUCGUCGAUUUGCCGACGAUGAUCGAGUCGCAUAAGACUCUUGACAACAGACGACUCUUCAAGGUGGCUGAUAUCAGUCAGAUGUUACUCGCCACGCACGUCAUCAACGACGAGAGCGAGGUCACCUCUGGUGGAGCAGCAGCAGCCGCCCAAGAUCUCACCGGCGACUCGAACAUGCCACCUCCAAACGGCGAUCAUGGCGAUCCCUCCGGUACCACUAGCUCUGCCUUCAACAUUGACGAUUUUAUCUACCCGCACGGCCUCACGCCACCCAUGCGUUGGGCGCGAAAGCGUCGUUUCCGUAAACGCAAACAGCGUCGUCAGACUACAGAGACGGUCGAGCAGGAAGUUCAGCGAUUGCUUGCAGACGACGCGAAUGCUGAUGAGACGCACUACGAGAUGGUAGAUGAGGCGGAACUCGAGGAGGAGGAACGAGGGGGACGCGGUGUGUCAAGAGCAGGCACUGUAGGGAGGGAUAGGGAGGGUACUGCUGCUACGGACGGCCUCCGCGGUGGCUCAGCAGCUCCCUCGACUGCGAGGGGGAGCGUGGAGCCUUCCGCUGCUGCACGACGACCGUUCGAUGACGACGCUGCUUCCACAGUGGCGGGCGACGAUCUUGAGAAUGCCUCACAGAUGGGCGAAGGAGACACGAUGCUGGACGACGACGAGGAAGAUGACGACGACGACAUGUCCCGCCGCGGUGAUGGAGAUGAGGAUGGAGAUGUUGACCUGGAUCUGCAAGCUGAGCUUGAAGCUGCUCUAGACGACGACGACGACGAAGACGAGGAAGACGACGGAGCUUCUUCCGUGGUCAGUCGCGGGCAGAGCCAAGUUGACGGCGGAGCGUCAGACGACGAGGACCUCUGGGACGAUGGCGCAGGCGGAGACGACGAUGACGGCGACGAUGCAGCCGGUGACGGCGGAGCGGACGAUGAUGACGAUGAGGAAGGGGAAGAAGAGGACGGCGACGACGAUGACGAGAAUGCAGGCGAGAGUGCUCGAGGUCCCUCUCUGCGCGAGUCGCGCAUCCGCUUGGACCAACUUGAGGCCGAAUGCAAGGAAAUCGACUCCCUCAUCCGCCGCAAGACCGUCGAAGCGGAAGGCACUGUCAACAUCUUGAUCAAACGACGUCAGCUCGAGGCUCUCAAGAAGUUGCAGCAUGAGCGCGAGCUUAAAGGCUCUAGGCUGACUGCUCUCAAGGAGGAGAGGAGGGAGGCCAAGGAAAUGAAGGAGGUGGGAAAGGAGGAGAGACGAAAGAGGGAGAUGAUGAUGAGGCAAGGGGAGAUGCAGAGGGUUGAGGAGGAGAGGAGGCGCGCGCAAGAGGAAGAUGAAGCUGCGGAGGAUCAGGAGGGGGGCAGACAGCAGGCAGCUGCCAGGGCGGGCUCAACCACCUCGACUUCAACGCCCGCCGGUACUAGCAAGUCGGCAAGUCAAGGAAAGCAAGCUCAGCACAAAGCUCGAUUCGCACCCUCGAGCAACACACCGGCCAGCGCCACACCUGCGGCAAUCAGCGGCAGCUCAAGCGCUCAAGACCUAGAACAGGUUAUGGAUGUCGAUGCAGAUGCAGACGUGGACGCGGAUGCAGACGGCGAAGCGGACGACGACGAAGGGGAGGCCCAGCCGUCUGCGGCGGGUGAGGAGGGAGGCGAGGAGGACGCGGAGGGGGAGGAGGAAGAUGAUGAUGAUUUGUGGAGCUAGCGAGACCAGAAGCCACCUACUUGAUCGAUCCGCAGGCAGCGGAGCAACUUGUAAUUGUAGAGGAUUAACCCUUU